UCUUUCUUUUUGUAUCUUAAGUGGAAGUCACAUUAUUUACAGGUUCUUUUUGUUUAAACAAAUAAAAGAAGAAAGUCAUAUACAAUGGGAAUGAAAUAUACGGAUGAAGAUCUCAUAAAGUCUUUAAUGAAAUUCGUUCGUGGAAUGCCUAUUGAAUUCAAUGAUAUUACAUAUAUAGACUUGUACGGUAACAAAAAGCCGAGUGAAUUAUUUCACGAAUUAUUAGGCAGUGAAGGGAAGGAUAAUGAUCAUGUAAACUAUUUCUUUACUGAGUUGAAGAAAAAAUCGGCGAAGGGUAAAAACUUCAACAGAUCAAUUGUUGGGGGUGGCCAAUGGAAAGGACGAGACACGAGUAAGGAAAUUGUGGAUAAAGAAAGCAAAGUCAUUGGGCUGAAGAAAACUUUUCGUUUUGAUGAAGAAACAAGUGGCAGUGACAAUAAAAAUAGUGUGUACUGGAUUAUGAAAGAAUACUGCCUUGACAAAUGUAUAGUGAAGGUGUUAAGAGAACGUGGCGAAAUCAGACACGAAAACUCUGUUGUGUGUAGCAUUAUGAAGAAGGUUAGUUUGUGCAAAAAUUCUCAAGAUAUCCCUACGAAUAUCGAGAAUAUAGUUUCCAAUUGUAUUGAUUGUGUCCCAAACUCGUCGACAGAUGACAAGAGAUGGUUAUAUGCUGCAAAAAUUUGGUUGCUACAGCCAUUGGAUGAACCGUUUAAAUCCUUGAAGGAUGAAGAUUUGGCUUUCUGUGAUAAACCUGAUCCUGGAUAUCCACAGGCAUAUGAGAAUAAGAAAUUAGAAUGACAGAAAGUAGAAGCUAUAUAUAUGUUAUGGCACAUUCAUCAUAAUUUUUGUAGAGUAGUACAUUUAUUUUAGUUACUUUAAUUUGUAGAAUUAAAUUCUCAGUAUUGCUUUAAUUUAUGGAAUUAAACUUUAAUUUGAUGGACUUGA